AAAAUGAGUAAACCAGAAUAUCAAGGACCACCAGAGGAAUAUUACAAUGAAAAAGAAGCUAGAAAAUACACAUCAAAUAGCAGAAUUCAACAGAUACAAGCUGAUUUGGCUCAGAGAGCAUAUGAUUUAUUAGAACUUCCCAAAGAUGGUCAUCGAUUAUUAUUAGAUAUUGGCUGUGGUUCGGGUUUAAGCGGGGAAGUGCUUGAACAAAACGGACAUAAUUGGAUUGGUGUUGAUAUUAGUAGGGCAAUGUUAGAUGUUGCUAAAGAGAGACAUGAAGACGAAGAUAAUCAACCCGAAAUGAAUGAUUUUGUUCAAUUAGAUAUGGGUGCUGGGUUGCCUUUUCAGGCUGCAGUAUUUGAUGGCGCUAUAAGUAUAUCUGCAAUACAAUGGCUCUGCCAUUCAAAUUCAAAGAAAGACAAUCCACAAAAAAGAUUAUUAAAAUUUUUUGAAUCUCUUUUUGCGUGUCUUUCUCGUUCAGCUAGGGCCGUUUUUCAAUUUUAUCCUGAAAGUGAUUUACAAACAGAAAUAAUCUGUCAACAAGCAACACGUGCAGGUUUUCAAGGAGGACUUGUUAUCGACAAUCCAGAAUCACAAAAACAAAGAAAACUUUUUCUUGUAUUAAGUGCUGGUGUUAAUGCAGCAAUUAAUACAAAAACACAAAUAUUUAAUAAUUCUAAAAAAUCUGAAAUAAAUCAAUCACAUAUUGAGGUUAUUGGACGAAAAAGGAAAUUUAAUGAAAGAAAAAUUAAUAAAAAGAAUUUUAAAAAGAAAAAAUAA